AUUAAUUUCCACAAAGGUUUAAUUUGUUCCAAUGGAUGUCAAAGAAGAAACAUGGUUCAAAGCCGCCGUCAUGACCCACCCCGAAGAAAAAUCCGCCGUGCUCCACUUCUACGUCCAGGAUUUUCGAGCGGGUAGUGGCCCGGGCGCCACCGUCUACGUGGUGGCGGAAUCUUCAAUCUCAGCCACCUCCCCCACCGACUUUGGGGAAAUCCACGUCACAGACGACCUGAUAACGACCCGACCAGAAGUCAACUCCGAGGUGAUUGGAAAAGUACAAGGCACCACUAUCUCUGCCGAUUUCCUCGUCUCCGGCGAGACAAUGUACCUCAAUUUUUACUUUACGGCAGGAGAGUACGCUGGCAGCACACUCACGAUGCUCGGUCGGAACGAGAUCAUGAACGAGGAGCGGGAGAUGCCGAUCGUUGGUGGAACUGGAUUUUUCCGGCUGGCGCGUGGGUACGCACUGUCAAGGACGUAUUCAUACGACGUAGAGAGGCGCUAUGCCGUUAUGGAGUACACGCUCUAUGUGAGCUACGUCGGAAAAUUUGACGUGGAAUUAAAGAGAUCGCCGGCGACAUAGGUGGGCAUAUGUGGGAUAGAAAAACUAUGUGCAU